UAUUGUUUCAACUGUGGUGUUAAUUAUAUAAAACACGACUUUACGGCGAAAUAAAGAAGGGACUCUAUAUGAACUCCCUCGCACUAAAAAACUUCACACAAUUGUGAUCUCGCAAAAUCCUCUAUUUCAUUGGCUAAUCUAUGGAACUGUUUAUAAAUAAUUGACGGCGAUAAAUUUUAAGAUGUAGUCUGUCAUCGGACGUAAGUGGCAGGGCGUAAGGAGCAACCAUACGUUCCUGCUCCAAGGCUUUGGAAACAGUUGGUACCAACGUUGCAACGUUUAUGGGAUCUAUAUUGUUAACAGCUCAAGCAACAAUCAAAAAUUGGAUUAACAAAAUCAAGCUUCGUCAAAAUAAAAUGCUCAAACAACAAACAAGGAUAUAAAAAAAAACAAUCAACAUGGGUUGUGGUUCUUCCGGCAACGUGGUUCCAAGUCAAGACGACUCUACUAAUGACCAAGGGAAGAUGGUGAACGGUAACGGUCACCACGAUGACGACGAUCUGCCUACCGUCGUCCUACCCGAAUCUCCGAUCAAGCCUAAGCCUCCAAUAGCUUUUGAGAUUCCAGUAGAAGAGUUCGACAGUAGCCGUCGGUCGUCAAACACGCCCCCAGCGCACCUACAACGGCUGCUUCAGCCGCCGCAGCCAGACAUCACCCUUCCUGAUAUAGAAGAGAAACUCGCUGUGGCUGAACAAAGAAGACUAUCUUUACUCCAACAGAGAGCCGCUUCAGCACAGAAAAGGACACAGAAGAUGCUGCGCUCAGCUCAUGCUGUGGACGCAACUAAAACUGAACUGGAGUCCACGGACAUCAACAAACACGUCACGAACACUCUCACCAUUCCUCCAGAGCCUGGUCUGCUCGAAGACAAGACCAUCAGAUAAACAAAAAUCACUUGACCAUAAUUUUUACAAUAAGUCAGAGUUCUACUUGAAUUUUUUUCUAUUCGUAUGCAAUAUUCCUUGAUUAAAUCAAUAUUACAUUAA